UGAGAAAAGCUCCCUUGCCCUCUUCUCUCACCAACACUAUUUUGUGUCUGCUGCCCUCUUAUGGGAGGGACAAGGGGUGCACUUGCCCCCAUCACCGCCGCACAUUCAUUUCACAUCCCCAACUGCCAUGGAAGAAAGAUGGCAAACCAUAGAGAAAAGGAGCAGAGGACCUGUCACUCUGGGCCCCCAGCACUGGGUUCCCAAAAUGCCCCCACCUUGCUUUCUGUCAUAUGGAGAACUCACAAACUCUCUGUUCCCCUUUCCAACCUGACCCACUUCUGGAAACCCUGAAGGAAGAAGGGGUAGGCCUGAGUUGGGAGGGCCCACAGCUGGCAAGAGGUGUCAGGGAGAAGGCUAGUUGCCCGAAGUCCUCAGGAUCUAGACCCCUGUAGUCGUGAAAUCAGUGACAGAAGAGGGAAGGUCAUUAAGAGACACCAAAGCUACCCUUCAAGUGCCAGUUGUCCAAGGUGACCCUGGAGGAAGAGGAAGGCAGUAUGGAUGGAAGUGUCAAGACUCUAAGAGCUGUCCACUGUCUGGGGAGCAAACCGCCAUGGCCAGCUCCAGGCUGGGCCUCCUACUGCUGCUGACUGCCCACCCCGGACCUUCAGAGGCUCAGCACUGGUCUCAUGACUGGUACCCCAGAGGAAAGGUAGUCUGUAGCUCAUCCCAGCAUCCCCAGCAUGCCCUAAGACCCCCAGAUGGGAAGGGUCCUGAGCCAGCCCAGAUUACCCAUAGCCUCCCAAGCGAUGCCCUGGCUCUCCCUGAGGACACUGUGCACUGGGCAGGCAGGACCACAGGCCAGUGGCUCCUCAGCAGGAAGCAACCCUUGGUGUAG